CAAGGGAGCAGAAGGGUGCGCGGAGCAGAGGCAGAGGGAUGGGGUGAGGGCAGGCGGAAGCAGAGGCAGAGCGGGGGCGCAGGCGCCUGCAAUCCAAGAUCCGAAGGCGCUAAAAGCUCCGGAUUCAGCGGCGCACCCGGCGCUUGCCCAGGAGGUGGCGCGAGGCUCCGCGGUGGUGGCUGUGAGCCCAGGUGCCUGCCCGGGAGGUGGCUCGGGGCUCCGGGGUGGCUGUGCGCCCUCAAGGGAGCCAUGGCGGCGGGGGCCGGGGGUCGCCGGGCGGCGGGCCGCGCCGUGGCCGCGCCGGGUUGCCGGCCCUGAGCGCCGGCGGGCGCGCACCAUGAACUCGUGGGACGCGGGCCUGGCGGGGCUGCUGGUGGGCACGAUGGGCGUCUCGCUGCUGUCCAACGCGCUGGUGCUGCUCUGCCUCCUGCACAGCGCCAACAUCCGCCGCCAGGCGCCCGCGCUCUUCACCCUCAACCUCACGUGCGGCAACCUGCUGUGCACCGUGGUCAACAUGCCGCUCACCCUGGCCGGCGUCGUGGCGCAGCGACAGCCGGCUGGCGAUCGCCUGUGCCGCCUGGCCGCCUUCCUGGACACCUUCCUGGCCACCAACUCCAUGCUCAGCAUGGCAGCGCUCAGCAUCGACCGCUGGGUGGCCGUGGUCUUCCCGCUGAGCUACCGCGCCAAGAUGCGCCUCCGGGACGCCGCUCUCAUGGUGGCCUACACGUGGCUGCACGCGCUCACCUUCCCCGCCGCUGCGCUCGCCCUGUCCUGGCUGGGCUUCCACCAGCUGUACGCUUCGUGCACGCUGUGCAGCCGGCGGCCGGACGAGCGCCUGCGCUUCGCCGUCUUCACGGGCGCCUUCCACGCACUCAGCUUCCUGCUCUCCUUCGUCGUGCUCUGCUGCACGUACCUCAAGGUGCUCAAGGUGGCCCGCUUCCACUGCAAGCGCAUCGACGUGAUCACCAUGCAGACGCUCGUGCUGCUCGUGGACAUCCACCCCAGUGUGCGGGAACGCUGUCUUGAGGAACAGAAGAGGCGGCGGCAGCGCGCCACCAAGAAAAUCAGCACCUUCAUAGGGACUUUCCUCGUGUGCUUUGCGCCCUACGUGAUCACCAGGUCUCCAAAUACACAAACCAAAUUCUCCAGAAGUCUUGGGGAGACAUCGGACAUCGGGGCUGGUGCACAGCUGCUGGAGCUGUCCUCCACGGUGCCCAUCGGCUCGCACUGGGGAGUGCUGUCCAAGUGCCUGGCCUACAGCAAGGCCGCGUCCGACCCCUUCGUGUAUUCCUUACUGCGACACCAGUACCGCAAAAGCUGCAGAGAGAUUCUGAACAGGAUCCUCCACCGGCGUUCCUUCCACCCGUCGGGCCUCACCGGUGACUCCCACAGCCAGAACAUCCUGCCAGUGUCUGAGUGAAGGAUGCCACUCCUCUGGAGAGUUUGGAAUGAGACAGCCGGUGAGAAGGCAGGGAGGGCUUGGGGCUCCUGGGCGGACACCGCCAGCCGCUACCCACCUGGCAAGCCCCGUGACGCCGGUUCCCUGGGUGGUAGGGGCUCUGAAGGCUGCUUCCUGGGUCCUCAAGGACAGAUGUUGAACUGUCCCUGUUUAUCACCAAAGGAUGACCAUGGGAUGUGCUCUGGCGCUUCUUCCUGAGAAGCUCCUUUGAGCUCCUAGACUCACCAGAGGCUCCCAGAGGUGACUCUCAGUCCAGUCAUGGUCAAGAACACACAGCACUGGUGGCAGGUGGGGAAGCAUGGCGUCCACCUGCUUCCUAACCACUGGAUGUUGGGCUCCAUGCUGAAGAAAAGUGGUGGUCUCCAUGGAACAUAAGUUGUACUGAAUGUGAGGUUGGCAGUGGCCGUUGGGCCCCACACCAAGCAUGGCUGCUCUUCUCUACGUGGUAGUGAUGGCUGCUUUAACCCAAAUAUUAUUCAGCUGGUACUCACUAAAUUGUACUCAGCUGGGACUCUUGGGUCCUGUGCUCAAGGGUAAAAUGUUUAACAACUAGUGGCUACCCGAUUGUUGCCCACCAGUUGUCUUAGAAAUGUUCAUGUUGGAUUCAACUUUUAUCCCUCGCCCCCUCCCCUGCCCAAAGCUAACAUUUGUGUGUGUAGACAAUCUUAGCAUGAAAAUGGUUUAAAUAGGCAGGUUAUACACGUAAUAAUGUUCUUUAAAGCCUGACCCUGAAGCCACCUUCUUCUGAUUUACAUGCCAUCAGCGUUGGAGCCAAGGAGAGGCAGGAGGAAGGUGGUGGCUGGUCCCCUUCCCCAAUUUGUGACCUGAAUUUGCAGGAAGCAUUUUACUUUGUCUCACACAUCUUGUCUGGCACGUCCUUUGAGAUGGAUGGACAAGAGCUGACCUGAGCAGGGUUUUAGCCUUGAUUUUCAAGCACAGGCUUCCAUUAUCCUGGUGGCUCAAUACCCUGGUUCCUUAAAGUCUAGCAACAGAAAGUAGAAGCUGUCAGAGGUGACUGAGAAAGUGCCCUGUGCUAAUGAUGGGAGAGUGAAGUUUUUAUCGAAAACCAUAACUAUAAUACAUAUGCCAAUCCAUUAGCAGUUCCCAUCUUGAUUUAAUAAAAACCAACGUGAAUGGAC